AUGUUAUCUGAAAUUAUCAACUAGAAAUAAUAAUACAUUAAAUCAGAUGCAAUAACUUUGAGCGAUUUUGGGAUACAAACAAUUGGAUAUUCUAAUACUUUUAAAAAUAUGUAUCUGAUUUUGGUUAUUAAAUUAGAACGAAAUUACAUCUUACAGGAAACAGAAUAGUUAAAUUAGAUGGAUUAGAAUAAUUUACGAAUUUGCAAUAUUUAAAUUUAUCAAACAAUUAAAUUGAGAGCAUUAAAGAAUUCUAACAUGUUCCAUAAACAUUAUAAUUUUUAUUUGUAGCAGGGAAUCCUUUCACAGCUAAUUUGAAUUAUGGUUAUUCUUUAAUGUGUAUUCUAAUGAAUUUAUAACAGCUUGACAAUGAUAAAAUAAACAGAUAACUAACUUAAGAAUAUCAAAUUAAGAUGCAAACAUAUGGUUUUCCUUUAAUUGCAUAUUUUGUACAUUUUAACAAUAAAUAAUUAACUCCUAUAUUUAAUAAUAGAUCAAUAAAUUAUACAUAGAAAAUUUUGAAGAUAAUUGAUUAAUUAUUGAUAGAAAAUAAAGAAGAAAUUAAAGGUUUAUGUGAGUAAUUGCUGUAACCUAAAUUUAAGCAAUCUAUUGCUGAUAUAAUAUUAAAACAUAUCUGUAAAUUUGAAAGAGAUUAAUUUAAAAGUAAUAAUAUCAACGCUUUCUUUGCCAAUCAAUCUAUGUAAUCUUAGCAUACUGAUCUUUAGAAAUUUGCAGAUGACGAAGAGUAUUAUUAAUAACAAAUUCUCUAAACAUAUAUAUCCUAUGAGGAUUAACAAUAAUUUCCAACUUUUUCUUUGAACUAACCUUAUAAUCUUGGAAUCUUAGAUUUUAUUUAUCAAAGCACUUUAAUUUAAAAUACAACAUUUCGGCCUUAGGAAGAUAGAAUUAAAAAAUAUGAAGAACUUCCACAAUAGAAUUUUUCAUUAAUCAAUAAAGACAAUUCUAAUUUUAAGAAAAGCAUACUUAAACCAACUAGUUAUUCAGUAUCAACUUAAUCUAAAUUUGAUGAGUGCACUUAAGAGUAUCUGAAUAACUAUAAAAAAUUAUAUCCAUUUUUAAAAGGAUUAGAAUAAUUAAAAAAAAGUUUGCAGAAAUAUUAUUUAUAAGAAUUUAAGCUAAAAUUAACAAGAAAAAUAAAUAGGUUUAAUUAGCAAUGUAUUGCUGGUACAUUUAAAUUGGAUUAUUUUAAGUAAUUAUAUUAAAGAUACUUAAUGAGAGUAGCUAUGUAAUAAAUUAGAAUAAAGUCGAGAUUAUCAAAUAUGGUUAAUAUUCUGUAAAUUCAAAGAAACCAUUAAUAAUUAUUAUCAAUAAAACAUAUAAAGGGAGUUGUUUAUGUAUAAAAGAAAAUGGCAAAUUAAUAAAGAUAGAAAUAUUUAAAAAGAGUAGUAUUUAAACAUCUCAAUCCUAAAAAAAGAUAUGAAAAGAUAGCUAAAGUAUUUUAACUGAAAUUGAUAACUUUAAAGAUAAAUGGAAUUUUGAGAGAAGCAUUGAAAUAAAUAAAAAUUACAGCUUUAACAUUUAAAGUUGAGAUAAGAAAAGAUCUGGCUUUUUAAGUAACAUUAAAGAAAGAAAAGAAAGUAGAAUCAUAGGCAAUAUAGAAUUUUAGAAAAUAAAGAGAUUUUUAUUGA